AGAAAAAAAAAGAGGGAAUUUUUUACAUUUACGACGAGCUUUGGCUCUUGAAUCUAAUCCUCCAUUGUCUCAAGAGAUCUGAGCAAGCCAGAAUCCUCAGCGAAUCGUUCCAACGAGCCGAGUCAUAAAUCCAGCAAGCGACUUAGUGCGGCCUUUGGAGUCUAGCGCAGAAGCUCACUGGGCAACCGGAGAAGAAGACAAUGGAUCCCGCGAAGACGCCGCUUGGCAAAAUGCUAGUGGAGGAGAUCACUCCGGUUGUCAUGGUGCUCUGCACCCCUCUCGUCGAAGAAUCUUGCCUCAAGAACAGCCUCUCCUUCGUCGAGAUGCUCAGCCCCUUCUGCUCCUUCAACAACAUCGACGUACCUGUACGGACAGCGAGUGAUCAACCCUACAGGCUUCAGAAGUUCAAGUUGCGGUUGUUUUAUGAAUCGGAUAUUCGGCAACCGAACUUGGAGGUAGCAAAAGAGCGAUUGAAAGAGGUUAUUACUCAGGCUGGGGAGAAAGAUGACUUGUGUUCGGAUCCCCCUCACAUUAGUAAUCUACUCGCCAGCUCUGAAUCUGAGAUUCAACCCUCAUGGUUUGAAUAUUUCAAUAAAGAGCUCGGAAGGACCAUGUCUUUUUCGGACCAUGAAGCUUUUGACCAUCCUGUGGCAUGCCUUUUAGUUGUUUCUUCGAAGGAUGAACAGCCUAUUAACAGAUUUGUUGACCUCUUUAACACCAACAAAUUGCCUUCUCUUCUUAAUGAUGGUGCAAUGGACCCUAAGAUCUUGAAGCAUUAUUUAUUGGUGCACGAUAAUCAAGAUAGCACUCAAGAGAAAGCAGCUAAGAUUUUAACAGAAAUGAGGAGUACAUUUGGUCCAAAUGACUGUCAAUUACUUUGCAUUAAUUCUUCUCCCCAUGGGCUGGUUGAACGUCCAGAGAACCCUUGGGCUCCUUAUAAAUCUGAUCCUUCACCUAGUCAGUGUCUUGGUUGCUUCCUUAACAUUGAUGACUUUAAUGAGAUAAAAGAUCUUAUGCAAGAUUUAUCAUCUAAACACAUCAUUCCUUAUAUGGAGCAAAAAAUACGUGUGCUGAAUCAACAGGUUUCUGCUACGAGAAAAGGUCUUAGAAACCAAAUAAAAAACUUAUGGUGGAGAAAAGGGAAAGACGAUGUAGCAGAUUCCCCUGAUGGCCCUAUGUAUACGUUUAGCUCCAUUGAGUCUCAAAUUAGGGUUUUGGGUGACUAUGCCUUCAUGUUACGGGAUUAUGAGCUUGCGUUGUCGAAUUAUCGUCUAAUUUCCACAGAUUACAAGCUUGACAAAGCCUGGAAGCGCUAUGCUGGUGUGCAGGAAAUGAUGGGUCUUACAUUCUUCAUGUUGGAUCAGUCAAGAAAGGAAGCAGAGUAUUGCAUGGAAAAUGCAUUUAGUUCCUAUUUAAAAGUUGGACCAUCUGGUCAGCAAAAUGCAACAAGGUGUGGUCUUUGGUGGGUAGAAAUGUUAAAGACAAGAGAUCAGUAUACAGAUGCCGCCAGUGUCUACUUUCGUAUUUGUGGUGAGGAGCCUUUGCAUUCAGCCGUAAUGCUUGAGCAAGCAUCUUAUUGCUAUUUGUUGUCGAAACCUCCUAUGUUACGCAAAUUUGGGUUUCAUCUUGUUCUUUCUGGUGAUCGCUACAAAAAAUGUGAUCAGAUUAAACAUGCAAUUCGCACAUACAGAAGUGCUUUUUCUGUUUUUGAAGGAAUUACAUGGGGCCAUAUCAAAGAUCAUGUUCAUUUCCAUAUUGGACAGUGGUAUGCUAUUCUUGGGAUGUAUGAUCUGGCUGUCAAACAUAUGUUGGAAGUCCUAGCCUGUAGUCAUCAGUCCAAGAUAACACAGGAGUUUUUCUUGAGGGACUUUCUUCAAAUUGUUCAGAAAACAGGUAAAACGUUUGAGGUAUUGAAACUUCAGUUACCCAAGGUCAACAUCUCUUCAUUGAAGGUUGUUUUUGAAGAUCAUCGAACUUAUGCAUCACCUGCAGCUGCUACUGUUGAAGAAAGUUUGUGGCACUCUUUAGAGGAGGACAUGAUUCCAUCGUUGUCUACUGCCAAGACUAACUGGUUGGACUUGCAAUCAAAGAUUAUCCCCAAAAAGUACAGAGAAUCAAAUGUUUGUAUGGCAGGAGAAGCAGUGAAGGUGGAUAUCGAAUUCAAAAACCCACUGCAAAUCCCUAUUUCCAUCUCUGGUGUUUCCCUGAUAUGUGAACUUUCUGUAAGAUCUGAUGAAAUGGAAUCUGAUGCGAGUAGCAAAACUGCAGAGCUUCAAAAUGAUGACGACUUUACAAAUUUGACCACCAAUAGGGAUAUGAGCUCUGAAAAUUCUUCAUUUACUUCGUCUGAAGUUGACUUUUCCUUAGGAGGGGGAGAAACAACUGUGGUACAACUAACAGUAACUCCAAAAGUCGAAGGCAUCCUACAAAUUGUUGGUGUUAGGUGGAAAUUGUCUGGUUCAGUAGUUGGUCUUCACAACUUUGACUCUAACCAUAUGAAGAAAAAAAAUACAAAGGGAAGAAGGAAAGCUAAGCAUUCUCCCUGUGACAACCUGAAGUUUAUAGUGAUCAAGAGUCUACCCAAGCUUGAGGGCUUCAUUCAUUCGCUACCUGAAAAGGCUUAUGCAGGAGAUAUACGGCAUCUUGUUUUAGAGUUGAGGAACCAAUCAGAAUUUACUGUGCAGAAUCUGAAAAUGAAGAUUAGUCAUCCUAGAUUCCUAAACAUUGGGGAUCAGGAAAAUUUGAAAACAGAGUUUCCUUCUUGCUUAGAAAAGAAGACAGAUUCUGAGCAAAGUGGUGUACAUGGUAGUUCUAAUAAUUUGUCUCAGACUGUGUUUUUGUUUCCCAAGGACACUUCAAUUCGAGGGAAAACACCCUCAUUGUGGCCUCUUUGGCUUAGGGCUGCUGUUCCUGGAUACAUUUCCUUGUACAUAACUGUAUAUUAUGAGGUGGAAGAUAUAUCAAGCAUCAUUAAAUACCGCACUUUGCGCAUGCAUUAUGAUUUGCAGGUAUUACCAUCAUUGGACGUAUCAUUCCAAAUCAGUCCUUGUCCAUCAAGAUUGCAAGAGUUCCUUGUGCGCAUGGAUGUUGUCAACUGUACUAGCUCAGAGAGUUUCCAGGUUCAUCAGUUAUCAUCUGUCGGGCACCAGUGGGAAAUUUCACUGCUUGAGCAUGACACCAUCUUCCCUUCACAAUCUUUAAUGGCUGGUCAAGCGCUGUCUUGUUUCUUCAUGCUUAAGAGUUGUAGGAAGUCAUUAACAUCCCAAGACAAGAUAUCUACCCUUUCCCCACUCCUUGGAAGUGAUGUAAGAUUGGGUCCUGAGGGUAGUAGUGAACCACUUUUUGACAUUUGUAGCUCACCUCUUGCUGAUUUCCACCAUUGUGAAAGAUUGCACCAGGGAAUGUCGCAUCAGGGAGACCCAAACACAGUUGACUUCAUAUUGAUCUCUCGGCCCCUGAAGGAUAACAUCACUCCUGGGGUUUCCAAUCCACCGCAUCUUUUUUCUCAUCAUGCAUGUUACUGCAGUACUUCAAGCAAAAGCCCAAUAUCGUGGCAAGUGGAUGGGCAUCAUACACUAUAUCAUGACUUCUCUGCUUCCUUUUGCGAAAUUAAUUUAAGGAUGAUUAUUUACAACUCAGCUGAUGCUGUUGCAUCGGUACGCAUUAACACCUCUGAUUCCAUCAAUUCUAGUGGCCAUUUAAGCGAAGGAACUACCGCUCUAUCUACCGAUCCUUCUGGAGACCAAGCAGGGUGGCGCGACGCUUCAGUUGUGAAUGACAUUAAAGUUACAUCUGAUGUCGUUGGAUCCCGAGUCCGAAAGUCAUUGUCACUGGAGAGUGUCCCCCCAUUCAUUUGGUCAGGGACGAGCUCUACCAGAAUCCAACUUGAGCCUAUGUCCACAUCUGAAAUUCCUCUUCAGAUUUGUGUAUUCUCUCCCGGGAUAUAUGAUCUGUCAAACUAUGUUUUGCAUUGGAAAGUUGUAUCCUCUGAUGACCCAGGAAAUCAGGAGGGAGCGAGCCAGUCUUCAGGAACAUGCCAGGGGUAUCCAUAUUAUCUUAGUGUGCUCCAAUCAGCUUGAAAUUUUAGCGUGUACUGGUAUUGUAACUUUUGGCAGUGUAUAGUGUUUUAAUAUAUUUUUCACAGCAAUAGGAAUUGUUAUAAGGCUAGUGAAGGUAGGAAAGGAAAUUAAUUUUUUUUUUUUUUUUUUGUUCUUGGAAUAAUAAGAGUGGUUAAAAAAAUGAAUUCAAUUUAUUGCCGAAUGAUGUACAAGGACUGACCAUUUUUUAAUAGAGAAAUUUGAAUUAUUUUUGUUGUA